GUCUGUCGGCGUGGGCUCAAGCAGUGUGUUUGUGGGACGGUGACUGAUCCAUUCUGUUGAAAUAGCGACUGAUAGAGCUGGUUCAGAAUGGACUCCUCAUUGACUGCGGCUCAAAUCCGGGAGAAAUUUAUUGAUUUCUUCCGGCGCUAUGAGCACCAGUAUGUCCAUUCAUCAUCCACCAUCCCACUGGAUGACCCAACACUGCUUUUUGCCAAUGCUGGCAUGAACCAGUUUAAGCCUAUCUUCCUCAACACCAUCGACCCAUCCCACCCUAUGGCCAGAUUGCGUCGUGCUGCCAACACACAAAAGUGUAUUCGUGCAGGGGGCAAACACAAUGACCUGGACGAUGUGGGUAAAGACGUCUACCACCACACCUUCUUUGAGAUGCUGGGAUCCUGGUCUUUUGGAGACUACUUUAAGCACCUAGCCUGUAAGAUGGCAUUGGAACUGCUGACCCAGGAGUUUGGUAUUUCCAUUGAGCGUCUGUAUGUCACGUACUUUGGGGGUAAUGAAGAAGCAGGCCUGGACGCUGACCUGGAGUGCAAACAGAUUUGGAUGGACCUCGGGGUGGAUGAGGCUCGCAUUCUGCCAGGCAGUAUGAAGGAUAACUUCUGGGAAAUGGGGGACACUGGUCCCUGCGGUCCCUGCAGUGAGAUUCAUUUCGACCGCAUUGGAGGGAGAGACGCCUCUCACCUGGUAAACAUGGAUGAUCCAAACGUCCUGGAGAUUUGGAACCUGGUGUUCAUCCAGUUUAACAGAGAAUCUGAGACUGAGCUGAAGCUACUGCCUAAGAAAAGCAUUGACACAGGCAUGGGCCUGGAGCGCCUUGUGUCUGUACUGCAGAACAAAAUGUCCAACUAUGACACUGACCUCUUCCUACCAUAUUUUGAAGCUAUUCAGAAGGGAACUGGUGCCAGACCAUACACAGGUAAAGUAGGUGCAGAAGAUGCUGACGGCAUUGACAUGGCCUACCGUGUUCUUGCCGACCACGCCCGCACCAUCACCAUCGCCUUAUCAGAUGGCGGCCGGCCUGACAACACAGGAAGAGGGUAUGUGUUGAGGAGGAUCCUGCGUCGCGCUGUCCGUUAUUCUCACGAGAAACUGGGAGCUCACAAAGGCUUUUUUGCAUCUCUGGUCGAUGUGGUGGUUGAAUCCCUGGGUAAUGCGUUCCCAGAAUUGAAGAAAGACCCAGAAAUGGUGAAAGACAUUAUUAAUGAAGAAGAGGCACAGUUCCUCAAAACCCUCAGCAGAGGACGUCGUAUUCUUGAUAGAAAGAUCAUGAGCCUGGGAGACAGCAAGACCAUCCCAGGUGACACUGCAUGGUUGUUGUAUGACACAUAUGGCUUCCCUCUGGACUUGACGUCCCUUAUUGCAGAGGAGAAGGGCAUGGCAGUGGAUUUAGGCGCCUUUGAAGAGGAGAAGAAGGCAGCACAGUUAAAGUCCCAAGGUAAAGGUGCUGGAGAUGAGGACCACAUCAUGUUAGAUAUCUACGCCAUCGAGGACCUGAGAAACAAAAACAUACCUGCCACGGAUGACUCUCCCAAAUACAAAUACACUUCAGACGAGCAUGGCAACUAUGAGUUUCAACAGACUUCAGCCACAGUGCUGGCCCUUCGCCGUGACCGUGCCUUUUGGGAUGAAGUGACCACGGGCCAGGAGUGUGGUGUGCUGCUGGACCAGACGUCCUUCUAUGCUGAACAAGGUGGGCAGACGUUUGAUGAAGGAUAUAUGCUUCGAGAGGACGACAGCACAGAGGAUAGGAUGGAGUUCACAGUGAAAAACACCCAGGUCAGAGGAGGUUAUGUUCUUCAUAUUGGAACCGUGUAUGGAACGCUAAAGGUUGGAGACCGCGUGACCUUAAAUGUAGAUGAGGCACGCCGCAGGCCCAUCAUGAGCAAUCACACUGCAACACACAUCCUCAAUUUUGCCCUGCGUGCUGUUCUAGGGGAAGCAGAUCAGAGGGGCUCUCUGGUGGCUCCGGACCGCCUGCGCUUUGACUUCACGGCUAAAGGUGCCCUAACCACGGAGCAGGUCCGCCGGAGUGAGGAGGCUGCCUGUGCCAUGAUAAAAGAUGCUAAGGCUGUGUACGCCAUGGAAGCUCCCCUGGCAGAAGCCAAGGCCAUUCAGGGUCUACGUGCUGUGUUUGAUGAGACCUACCCUGACCCAGUGCGGGUUGUGUCCAUUGGUAUCCCUGUUCAGGACCUGCUGGACGACCCCAACAGUGCUGCUGGUUCCCUCACCUCUAUUGAGUUUUGUGGUGGAACCCAUCUGCAGAACUCUGGUCAUGCCGCACCAUUUGUCAUCGUCUCAGAGGAGGCCAUCGCUAAGGGCAUCCGUCGCAUUGUUGCUGUGACAGGAACAGAGGCCCAGAAGGCCCAGAGGAAAGCAGAUGCCCUACACCAGUGUUUGUCUAAACUGGGAGACAAAGUGAAACAGCAGAAUGCCCCGAACAAGGACAUUCAAAAAGAGAUUGCUGACACAACAGAAUCCAUAGGAACAGCAGUGAUCUCUCAAUGGCAGAAGGACGAGAUGAGGGAAACCUUAAAGGGCCUAAAGAAGAUCAUGGAUGACCUGGACCGCUCUUACAAGGCUGACAUCCAGAAGAGGGUUCUUGAAAAGACCAAGGAGGUGAUCGAAUGUAAUCCCAAUCAACCACUGCUUGUUAUGAAGAUGGAAACUGGAGCCUCAGCAAAGGCUCUGAAUGAAUCACUGAAGCUGCUGAAGUCAAACUCUCCACAGACCGCUGCAAUGCUCUUUGCCGUAGAUCCUGAUGCUGGCAAGAUCACCUGCCUAUGUCAAGUCCCACAGGAUGUGGCAAAUCGUGGACUGAAGGCCAGCGAAUGGGUUCAGGAAUUGUGCCCUCUCCUGGAUGGCAAAGGAGGUGGAAAGGACAUGUCUGCCCAGGCUACAGGAAGGAACACGCAGUGCCUGCAGGAGGCACUACAGAUGGCCAACGAAUUUGCACGUCUCAAACUGGGAGAGAAUUAACAAGAGAGGGUUUAAAAAUAAAGGUUGUGGGAGGAAUUCGAAAGAGAUUUUGGUUGAGGAUAUGUUCAUCUUAGAAAUCAAACUUCUGAUUUCUCAAUUGCUGCCUCCUCUCCUUCACUUUACCCUUUGGGUCAUGAACAAAAGUUUUGGGCUUAUGGUUCCCACCAUGUUGACGCAUGACAUUGACAGUAGGUCGGCAGUAAAUGAACCUUUUAUUUCUUCGUCUGACUGGGGGCUUAUUGCAUAAAAAAUUAUCUCUGUGGAAAUUCCUUAACAUAGUAAGUGCUAAUUAAGAACCAUGAGGUUUUUUGCUUGUCUACUACAUUACUGCACGUGUAUUGAAUCAACGUCUGCACGGUACAUCUCAGAUCGUACAACAAAAUCUGUAGGUUUUCAUUCAGGCUUCUGUCCUGCACCAGGUUCUAGCUGAUAAAUGUCCACCCCACCUCUGUAGUUUUUUACUUCACCAAAUCAAAACCCUUUCUGCUUACAGUUAUAAAGUUAAACUUUCUGUGCAUCUGACACUCAGUCAGUUUAGCUCUAAACUUAGUUAAAAGUUCACUGGACCUAAACUGUACACUUGUAGCUGUUUCUUUGUCUGGCUUUUCAAACAACAAACCGUUUACUGACAUUACAAUAACUGUUUGAACUGAUCAUGAACAUGUCAAAUAAUUUAUGUGUAUCUUGAUCUUGCUGAGCUUUAGGAUGGAUGCAGUUUGUUGCAAAUGGCUUCCAUCCAAGCUUUUCCGUGUAAGAAAACUGUCACUGUGGGAAUGAAAUAAAUGAUGGGUAAAUGCCAAAUGUC